AAUGCAGAUAGAAGAAUUCCAUUUAGUCAUAGAAGGACUUUACUUUCCUCCCCUGAUUUUUUUUCUGGCUUCUUGCACUGAAAUACCUUUCUAGAGCCCUUUGUUUGGAUUAUUACUUUCUAAAUUGUAUUACCAUUUUUUACAAGUUUUAUCACUCUUCCCUCCAGAAUAUAAGCUUUUGGAGGGUAAAGAGUACAUGAUUUGAAAAAAAAGUUUUUUUAUUCCUAGUGCCUUACACAAAGUAGGCAUUGAUAAGUGUUUGUUAAUUUGAGCUGAAUUGUCAGGAUGCCAGACUUGUUUAAAUUAGGUCCCUUGGGAUAUUUCUGAUUUUCCAGAAUAUCUUGAAGAGAGAAUCCUUCCAAAUAUCUGAAAAGAAGAUCCUCAAAGUAAAUGAGAGACAACCCAAAGAAGAAGACUCAAUGGUGCUCUCUAGUAGUAAUAGGAUUUCAGCCACCAUUGCCUGAAGCUCCUUUGCUGUUCGCUGAACUCUGGUUUUCACAGACAUGGUGGAUGUCACAUCCUGGACUGUGCUUACUGUCUCUGUUGCCAUAGUAAGCUUGUUUGGAAUUCUCAUUAUGAGACCUUCAGAGAAAUUCACAGUGACAGGAUCUGCUGAGCCUAUCCUUGCUAAACUGAAUGAAGAUGUCAUAUUACCUUGUCAUCUCUCUCCAAAGAUGAGUGCUGAGCACAUGGAGAUUGUUUGGUUUCGAUCUCAAUUCUCUGAUGCUGUAUAUGUGUACCGGAAUGGAAAGGCUCAAGAUGGAGAACAGGCAAUGGAGUACAAAGGAAGGACUGAGCUUGUGAAGGACACUAUUGCUGAGGGGUAUGUCGCUCUUCGAAUCCGAAGUGUCAGGUUAUCAGAUAAUGGACAAUACUGGUGUCGUUUCCAGGAAAACAACGAAUACGGAGAAGCCAGAUCAGAAGUGAUUGUAACAAGGCUUGGCACUGCUCCUUAUAUUAGAAUGGAGGGGCCUGUGGACAAAAGGAUCCAAUUUGUGUGCAUCUCAAAGGGGUGGUUGCCAAAACCCCAGGCCAAGUGGAUAUAUGUUGAGGAUGACAAACGACUUUUCUCAAAGACUGAUAUCCUAGUCAUCAAUGGGCUAUUUCAUGUGGAGAUGUCCCUCGUGAUUAGAGAAGAUAGUUCUCUGGGAAAUGUUUCCUGUUCUGUCUCUAAUUCCCUCCUUCAUGAAGAGAAGGUGUCCUCCAUUUACAUCCCAGAAAAGCUUGAUAAAGAGUUUGCUAUGAGAAAGGUGAUUGGACUUACUCAGUCCAUUAUCACCAGGGUGGGUGAAGAUGUCUUGCUGCCAUGCCACCUCUUCCCUGAAAUGAAUGCUCAGAACAUGGAGGUGGGCUGGAUUCGAUCCCAGUUCUCUGAUAUUGUCUACAUGUAUCGGGAUGGGAAGGAUCAGGAAGAGGAACAGAUGGUGAAAUUCAAAGGAAGAACAGUAUUUAUAAAAGAUGCUAUCACUAAUGGGAAUGUUGCCUUGAAAAUCAGAAAUAUCAGAGUGUCUGAUGGUGGUCAGUACCAGUGCUAUUUUGAGAAAAACCAAGUAUUUCAAAGAGCUGUGUUGGAAAUACAAGUACAAGAGCAAUUCACAGGAUCUGCUGUGACAGAAUCUGCUGAACAUAUCCCCAUUAAGCUGAAUGAAGAUACCAUGUUAUUUUGUCAACUCUACCCCAAGAUAAAUGCUGAGCACGUGGGGGUCAAUUGGUUCCAAUUUCACAUCCCUGAUACUGUAUAUGCAUACCAGGAUGGAGAGGCUCAAGAUGGAGAGCAGGCAAUGGAGCACAGAGGAAGGACUGAGCUUAUGAAGGACACUGUUGCUGAGAAGAGUGCCAACCUGAGAAUCCAGGGAGUCAGGCUACCAGGUAAUAGACAAUACUGGUGCCAUUUUCAGGAAGACAAUGGGUAUGGAGAAACCAAAGCAGAAGUGAUUAUAACAGUUACCAAGACCAGAAUGUCAGCAGCUGGGCUUCGGUUAUGUGUGGUCCUUUUCAUUUGUUUCAUGAUAACAAAAGAAUAUAAUCUGAAAAAAGAGAAAGAAGACAAUGAAAACCAGCCCACAUACCAGAUAGAAUAUUUUGAAAGAGAGACAUCAGAUUUCGAUCAAAACCGAGUGAUAAGAGAGUCAUUGGACACAGAGAUGGAAUCUUUGUAUGCAAACAGAAAGUCAUUGACUAAAGAAAGAAAAUCUUUGGCUAAAGAGAGACAGUCCUUGGAUGCAGAAAGAGAAUCAUUGGCAAAAGAGAGACAAUCCUUGAUAAAAGAGAGGGAAUCUUUGAUUAAAGAAAGAGAAUCCUUGGAUACAGAGAGAAGGUCAUUGAUCAAAGAGGCAGAGUCCCUGGCUAAAAAGAGACAGUGUUUUACCUCAAAGGAUGAAGUUGUUGGUAAGGAGAAUGAACUUCAAGUUGAACUCCAGAAAGAAAUUGAGAGAAGAAAGGCUCUAUAUCAAGAAGACUGGAGAAAGGCACACCUCUAUGCUGACUGGAGGAAAGAACAGUUCCAGUCAGUGAAUGUGACUAUGGAUCCAGAUACAGCACAUCCAGAACUUAUUUUAUCUGACCAGGGGAGAUGUGUCAUCCGGGGAGAAUGUCCCCAGAAUAUCUGUGACAACACUAAGAGAUUUGACUCUCUGCCUUGUGUUCUGGGCCUAGAGAAAAUCACCUCAGGGAGGCAUUACUGGGAGCUAAAGGUUGGGAAUAGAGCUGAUUGGGACUUGGGCGUUUGUAGAGAUGAUGUGAGGAAGAAGGGGGUGGUGACAUUGUCCCCUGAGAAUGGCUUCUGGGGUCUCAGGCUAUAUAAUGAUGAAUAUUGGGCCCUUACUUCCCCUCCCACUUUCCUCUCCUUGAGACAAUCCCCUCACAAGAUUGGCAUUUUCCUAGACUAUGAUGCUGGAGAUGUAUCAUUCUACAAUAUGACAGAUGUGUCCCAUAUCUAUAAUUUUACUCCAGGCUCCUUUCAUGGGGCCCUCUGCCCUUUCAUUAGGCUUUGGUCAUGUGAUCAAAUUCCUGUGUCCAUCUGUCCAGAACCUUAGAGGAACUUCCUAUCUCUUCCUGCCUCCCAAACUGUUUCUUGGAUCAACUAUGUCCUUAAACUUGGUCCCAUCCUUGUCCCUUGUCACUUCUUAGGCCUCUAAUUGAUGAGUCAGACAGUGAACACCAUUUCCCCCCCUCCAAUUUUGUCUCUGUAGUUUUUCAUGAUAAAAAAAUAAAGUUUACUUUUUCAAAAAGAA